UCAAAUCACCGUCAAGACAUCUGACGCUUAUUACUGCUCACUGCUCCUGGGACAUCCAAACACAAACCCUACAUUAUCCAAGCAAUUUCUCCCAUUCAUCCAUACCAUUCAUCCUUUCCAGCUCUUCCACAAAAUAAGGCAACGACGAGGAAGAAAAAGAGAAAGACAAUGCCCCCCUCCACUCCCACCUCCCGCACAUCCAAACCACCCACCCCCACCCCCACCCCCAAGUCUCACGCUCAACCCUCCAUUGCCAAACCCACUCCCCAACGCGUCGUCUUCCCCGAAGCUCACCUCCGCCACACGCCUCUCGCCUCCCGGAUCCCAGGAAGCACUGGCCCGAGAGUAGGCGGAGGCGGAGGCUCCCGCCGCCCUCCGCUCCCCGCCAACGAUAUCCGGCAAACGAAGGAGUAUAAAGCUGCCGCUAGGAAGUGAGUGCCCCCUUCUCCCCGCUGCCCUUUUUUUGUUUAUGCUUGAGUUGUCUUGUCUUGUCUUGACUUGGUUGGAGAGCGCAUGCUUGGGCAUGGGGUUGUCGUGUUGUGUUGUGUCUCCCAGAUGAGCAUAUACUUGUCCCUACUCGCACUAGCACUAGCACUUCCAAUACCCAUACCCGCCCCUGCACACGGGAGAGAGGGUGGACGCUACCUUAUUAUCAUCAACCCAGGACCAGUAUACAGCACCAGGAUAGCAGGACAGAUGACUAAUGGACCAAACCCCCCUCCGCCCGGGGGUGUGGCACAAGCAGAUGGCUCUCGACGAUCGUGGCGCUGCCGAUUCUGAUGUAUACGUCUUAUAUUCUCUAUGAGCGGACGGUUGGGAAUCAGAAACCGAAGCGG